UUUGUGCUUCUUCUUGCGACUUGUAUUGUGUUUCAUUUGUAAACAAUGCAAGUUGCAAGGCUAUUCCGAAUGAUUCUAAACGAACAUAUUGUUCUGGGUUCUGUUUAUUAAUUCACGGUUUCUUGGCAACCCGCUACCAUUUUAUUGUUUCGCACUUUGUCGAUGUGGGAUUCCGUUCUAUAGCUCGUUGGUUCGGUUGGUUCUAUACUAGCCUUUCUCUGUGGCCCAUAUGUAUGUAUUUAUUAAUGAAGAUAAUGGACCCGUGGCUUUUGUCUUCUUCUAAUAAUGCGUUUGGUGCAGAAGUUGCCAUGAAUUUCGAAGAUAAUUUUGAACUAAGAAAUACAUUACCGGAAUCUGUUGAAUAUUUGGCGUCGUUAGAGCGCAAGUUGGCAGCCCUGAAGGGUCGGAAGAGCAGGCAGGACCUGGUGCACUCGCUGUCGGAGAGACACCGCUCCUGCAUGGAGCAGCUGCUGGGAUCAAGCACGGAGCUACAGCACGAGGAACACGGCACGCUGGAGCAGCACAGUGUCUGCGCACUGCUGCGCCGCAUCGCGCCUGAACGACAGGCCGUGUACUUCGACGAGCUCGUCCAGCUGCUCAAGGCCGACUCGUUGGCCCAGACCGUGGAAGACCGGCGCGACGCACAGUAGUCGACAGUUGUGCCUAGAGCGAGGACCGCAGUCUAUUGGAGCAGCCUGCGCAUCCCUGUGCUAUCGCGCUCGUGCUUUACCAGGUGCUCAGGGUCUACUUGUUGGCCCAGACCGUGGAAGACCGGCGCGACGCACAGUAGUCGACAGUUGUGCCUAGAGCGAGGACCACAGUCUGUUGAAGCAGCCUGCGCAUCCCUGUGCUAUCGCGCUCGUGCUUUACCAGCUGCUCAAGGUCUACUUGUUGGCCCAGACCGUGGAAGACCGGCGCGACGCACAGUAGUCGACAGUUGUGCCUAGAGCGAGGACCACAGUCUGUUGAAGCAGCCUGCGCACUGCUGUGCUAUCGCGCUCGUGCUUUACCAGCUGCUCAAGGUCUACUUGUUGGCCCAGACCGUGGAAGACCGGCGCGACGCACAGUAGUCGACAGUUGUGCCUAGAGCGAGGAUCACAGUCUGUUGAAGCAGCCUGCGCAUCCCUGUGCUAUCGCGCUCGUGCUUUACCAGCUGCUCAAGGUCUACUUGUUGGCCCAGACCGUGGAAGACCGGCGCGACACACAGUAGUCGACAGUUGUGCCUAGAGCGAGGACCACAGUCUAUUGGAGCAGCCUGCGCACUGCUGUGCUAUCGCGCUCGUGCUUUACCAGCUGCUCAAGGUCUACUUGUUGGCCCAAACCGUGGAAGACCGGCGCGACACACAGUAGUCGACAGUUGUGCCUAGAGCGAGGACCACAGUCUAUUGGAGCAGCCUGCGCACUGCUGUGCUAUCGCGCUCGUGCUUUACCAGCUGCUCAAGGUCUACUUGUUGGCCCAGACCGUGGAAGACCGGCGCGACGCACAGUAGUCGACAGUUGUGCCUAGAGCGAGGAUCACAGUCUGUUGAAGCAGCCUGCGCAUCCCUGUGCUAUCGCGCUCGUGCUUUACCAGCUGCUCAAGGUCUACUUGUUGGCCCAGACCGUGGAAGACCGGCGCGACGCACAGUAGUCGACAGUUGUGCCUAGAGCGAGGACCACAGUCUAUUGGAGCAGCCUGCGCACUGCUGUGCUAUCGCGCUCGUGCUUUACCAGCUGCUCAAGGUCUACUUGUUGGCCCAGACCGUGGAAGACCGGCGCGACGCACAGUAGUCGACAGUUGUGCCUAGAGGGAGGACCACAGUCUGUUGAAGCAGCCUGCGCACUGCUGUGCUAUCGCGCUCGUGCUUUACCAGCUGCUCAAGGUCUACUUGUUGGCCCAGACCGUGGAAGACCGGCGCGACGCACAGUAGUCGACAGUUGUGCCUAGAGCGAGGAUCACAGUCUGUUGAAGCAGCCUGCGCAUCCCUGUGCUAUCGCGCUCGUGCUUUAUCAGCUGCUCAAGGUCUACUUGUUGGCCCAGACCGUGGAAGACCGGCGCGACGCACAGUAGUCGACAGUUGUGCGUUCAGAGUUUUGGCAUGUCACUCAACUACGCAAUAGUAGAGAAAGUGCAGAUAAGUUUUCCUUCACUAAAAUUAAGUUUUUUAGUCAACACUGUGUGAAACAUACAAGAAACUUAUAUAAUUUAACAUAUAAAUAAAUAAAUAAAUAAAUAAAACUGCAACAGUUCGGCAGCUGGCAGCCUGAAAUUAUAUCUAUACAGUGUUAACUAUUUUGUUUAUGUAAUAUUGUUGUAUUUAAAAUGAAUGUUAAUUUAAAUUACCUUAGAAGUUAA